AUGUUAUUGGCCUACGCUGUCAGAUAUCAUCCGAAAGCAUACUUAGGCGGACCUAUAGGUCAUGUGAUCAUUUGGUUCACCACUUUCUCGAUAACAUUGGGUCAUAUGUAUUGGCAAAAGGACAUGAUCAGGCCCGGUUUUGAAUAUGGCCCAUACGAACACUAUCUCUAUCUAUUUUUUCACAAACCAUUAUAUCUAUCGUGGUUUGCAUGGCUUAUAUACGGAACGUCUACUGGCAGAUGGGGUUUUCUAAAUGACAUAAUUGGUUGGAAAGGGUUUAAAGUAGUCGAUAACAUGUCACUCGAGAUCUAUAUUAUGCACGUAUUUGUGUUUGUGUACAGAAUUGGUGUUCAGCGAGAACUUCGUACAUAUAAUGAAUACUAUAUCUGGUCUUCAGCCAUCGCCGACUUCGUGUCCUCCUAUGUGUUGGCAGUAAUAGCAGGCUUUCUGGUGUCGCGACCCUUCGCCGCAAUGACUCAGGCGUUGCUUAAACCCCAACCAAAACCCAAAGCCGUGUCCAACGAAGAAACGGAUAAAAACUCA